CUAGCACCGCGCGUAUGACUGACACUAUUCUGUUGGCUCAACUUCCUCCUUCAAUCCAAUCCAAUUGAAGCACAAUCACGCAGCGUGUGCCUCCACAGACAGUUACACUCUCCAGUCCCCACACGCUCACAACCCGCAAAACCAUAACGGUCACAUUAUUUCACAUUACUAUUUCCGUUUCAAUUCCCCUCACUCACCAAAACCCUCUCUCGCGUUUUUCAUUUUUCUCUCUGCGUCGUCAAUGGUAUUCAAUUUCAAUUCUGCUCCAUUUCUAGGGUUUCGAUGAGGAGGAGUACGCCGGAGAGGCGGAAGGCGGCGGAGACAACCACCACCAAGCGAGCUCCAACUCCGACGAGGCCACCGCUGUUACCUUCCGGCAAUGUAGCUCCUCCUCCUCCGCUAUCUCGGAGGGUGAAAUCUCGAGAAGUUACGUCUCGGUACAUGUCCUCGUCUUCUUCUUCUUCGUCUUCAUCUUCUGUUUCGUCUCCUCCGAGGCGAUACCAUUCACCGAUUGUCCCGAGGACGGUGAAUUCGAGUAAGCAGAAGUCUUCGACGAUAGCGGUACCGACGCCGCAAGUGAAGCGGUCUCAGUCGGCGGAGCGGCAGCGGCAGAGGCCGAGGCAAGGUACUCCUCGGCCUAGCGGGGCCGGAGUAGUCGCCUCCGCCGCCGACGCUCCGGCUGCGCAGAAGAUGCUUUUUACCUCGACUAGGAGCUUGUCCGUUUCGUUCCAGGGCGAGUCGUUUUCGAUCCAGGUCAGUAAACCGAAACCGGCGCCAGUUCAGAGCGUGAGGAAGAGCACGCCGGAGAGGAGGAAGGCGGCGGAGGCGGCGACGCCGACUGCUGCAAGAGGAGGAGUAAACGGAGGUUUCGACCAGAGAGAGAAUUCUAGGUUGCUGGAUCAGCAGCGGUGGCCGGGGAAAUCACAGCAGAAUGCGAAUUUCAUGAACAGGAGCUUGGAUUGUACGGAUUCCGUGAGGAAAUUGAACGGUUCAAGGAACGUGGUGAGGUCGCUGCUGCAGAAUUCAAUGGCGGAUGUGAGAGCUUCUCAGGAUUCGACGCUGAGUUCGGAGAUCAACAAAAACGGUGGAUCUGAGCCUGAAUCUGAACCGGAGCCUGUUCCUUCCGAUAACGAAAGCGUGACUUCUGGAAGCUCCUCAGGAGCACAGGAAUGGGGAGGAGGACAAGCGCAACGCGCGUCGUCUCGAGCGAUUGUGGUGCCGGCGAGGUUCUGGCAAGAGGCUAACAAUCGGUUGCGGCACCAAACGGAACCUCAACCUUCUGGAAAUGGAAACAAAGCAACGGUUCCUCCGAAGCUUCUGGCGCCGAAGAAAUCAGGGUUUGAUAGUCCUGUAUCUUCUCCACGAGGAGUUGUGAAUAGCCGGCUUCAAGGUUCUCCUAUUCGAUCCGCGGUUCGUCCUGCUUCUCCGAGUAGGCUAGCCACGCCUUCCGUGUGGUCCCCUUCGCGCGGUGUGAGCCCAUCGCGAGCCAGGAACAACGGAGUCUCUAGUAGCCUGAGUAACAGGUUUGGUAGUGAACCCUCUGUUUUGAGUUUCGCUGUUGAUGUUUCGAGGGCGAAGGUCGGGGAGAAUCGUAUUGCUGAUGCACAUUCAUUGAGACUCCUGCAUAACAGGCUCCUGCAAUGGCGUUUUGCGAAUGCCAGGGCAGAUGCUGCCCUCUCUGCACAGACAUUGAAUGCCGAGAAAAGCCUCUACGAAGCAUGGGGAGCUACCUCAGAACUACGAGAAUCUGUUAGGGCCAAAAGAACGGAGUUGCAGAUGCUGAAACAACAAUUCAAGCUGAUGUCCAUCCUGAAGAAGCAAAUGAUCUAUUUGGAGGAGUGGGCUGUUUUGGAUCGGGUGUACUCUAGUUCACUUUCAGGAGCUAAUGAAGCACUGCAGGCUAGCACUCUUCGCCUUCCUGUUGUAGGUGGGGCCAAGACAGACCUGCUGAAUUUGAAAGAGUCUAUUUGUUCAGCGAUGGAUGUGAUGCAGGCGAUGGCAUCCUCCAUCUGCCAAUUGUCACCGAAGGUUGGACUUGUAAAUUCGCUGGUGGUUGAAGUUGCCAAUUUGAGUGCAAAGGAACGUGCUUUGCUUGAAGAGUGCAAAGAUCUCUUGUCAAUGAUGACAGCCAUGCAGGUUAGAGAGAGUAGCCUGAGAACGCAUAUUACACAACAGAAAUGCUUACCCAGAAGCCAACAAUGAAAAUAACAAGCAAAUUAACUACAGUCUCUGACCUGCAUAUACUUUCAGUGCUAACAUCAUAACAUAGGAGUGGUGAUUUUGGUCCUGUAUAUUCAGUACAUGAAACCUUCAUGAUUGUUGGUGUCAUAAGCGAAGAGUGUGGAUUGCAAAGAGGAAAGUUUGGACUUUGUUGUUCUCUCUACAUGGAAAUUGUAUACAAUUUUUUUCAAAAAUACUUUUUUGUUCCUUUGAGCUUAAAAGUCAAAAGAUGUAUAUAAACUGUAGCAUUUUAUAGUGUCUUA